CCGGCGCUGUCAAUGCAGUAGUAGAAGUGCCCACCACUUGGCGACAUUUUCGUGAAGUGCCGGGAAGAAAACUGGAUUCCUAUUUUACAUAUUUUACAAACGUUAAUUGGCGUCCUGACGCCCGCUUUCUUCACGCCGGAACGGGCAGUGUCCGGAGUGGCCGGAUAGUGGACAUAGGUAGAGACUGACCAUCAGGAGGUGACCGCCGACCUUUCGCCUCUUUCCGUCUCUUCAUCCUUUCCACUCCGCUCCUUUCUCGGCUCUCCUCUGACAGAUGGUGUGAAAGCGGCGGAGAGAACAGCAGCUCCCCUCCCUUACCUCAGAUCGAAGAACGGAGGCGCGCAGCCACUUUGGCACCGAACUCCGAACAAGCGCCCGACGCUGCGCCACGGCCGCCCACCGCGGAGCGCAGGAGCCGCUGCCCACUGAAGAGAUCACCUCGAAGGGGGACAUUUGGGCCAGCGCCUAGUGGUCAGCUUGGGGUGGCCGGCAAGCAAACGAUUUUGGGGGCGGUUUGGUCGGUUAUAGGAGCAGCAGGAGGAGGAGGAGGAGGAGAAGGAGAGCCGACCCUUCCAGCGCCGCUCUCCGGGCGAUGCCAGUGUAAAUGCCAGGGCGAUGUCCCGACGCAAGCAGGGGAAUCCGCAGCACCUGUCCCAGAGAGAAAUAACGCCGGAGGUUGAGCAUCCAGAUGGCGCUCUGCUCUCUGACUCCCUACCCUCCCACCCACUUACCCUUCCCUCCAAUACACUUGGCCUACGUCCCCACCCUUUGGACCCCAGCUUGGCCCACACCCUGCCUCCUGGUCUCCACUCUGACCACGACCUGCUGACUUGUGGCCAGUGCCAGAUGACUUUCCCAUUGGGUGACAUACUCCUCUUCAUUGAGCACAAGAAGAAGCAGUGCCAAACACCGCUGCUGGCCAACGGCUGUUAUGACAAAAUGAAUGAUCGAGGAGGAGGACAAGGAGAGAGUCCAACUCUGCAAAGCCUUCAUCACUAUGCCCAGAGGGUGGAGCUAAGAAAGGUACUGGAGCCGGUAGAGAUUGGCAUCCAGGUGACACCAGAGGAGGACGAGGAGGUAGGAGCAGGAGGUGAGAGAGGACAGAAGACACCAACCAAAGGAAUUUGCCCGAAGCAGGAAAACACACCAUCAGAAUCAAGCAAAACAAAGUGCAAGGAGAGAAAUUCAUUCCAAUGCAACAACAGAAUUAAAGCCAGACGUUUUUAAUGUUGACCUGCACCCUGGAGGC